AUGAAAUGCAACAACGUCACGAGGACGAAUUGUGAAGCCCGGAUAGCCCGGGAGGUUGGAAGGGCGGAUGGAGGAGAGGAGCGAGCGAAGGAUAAAGGAAAGGCGACGGCGGAAGAACGUACGCCCCAAGACACCGAGCGUGAUAGCACCUGGAGGCCUACCGGGUCCGAGGCGGAGGGAAGUAAAGUUAAAUCGGUGCAUGCAGAGAGCGCCGCCGAGGACGGACGGAUGAUAGUAAAGUCGGAACCCCCGUCCACUUUAUUACUUCCAUUCACCCAAAACAUAAUGAACGUCCAAAUUUCGGAACAAUUUGUGGCUCCACAAUUCAAGAUGUAUAAUGGGACGACGGACCCCGAGUCCCAUAUAAAGACGUUCUCAAAUGCAAUGGCAUUCAGAACAGGCAAUGACACCAUUUGGUGCCGAGCGUUCUCACUUUCGAUGGAGGACGAAGCAUUGGAAUGGUUCAACGCCCUCCCUCCUAAUUCCAUAGACAACUUUGCUGGGUUGAAACAGCUAUUCGUCAAACAAUUCGCAGCAAGUAGUGCCCAAGACUUGACUGUCUUCGAAUUAAUGACCCUCAAGCAAGGGAAGGAUGAAACACUGCGGACGUUUAUGGAUAGGUACCAAAAAACCGUCCGGCGCGUGAAAAGUCUGACGCCAGAGCUAGCCCUCCACUAUAUCUUACCGGCUCUCAAACAAGGGCCGUUUAAGGAUAGUGUUUGCAGGCGAGCGCCCAAGACGAUGGAGGAGCUGAGAGAGCGAGCGGCAAACGAAAUAAGGGUGGAGGAGAUGAAGCUCUCGUACAAGAGGGAGAACCAGGAGGCUAGGGGAGAAAGAACGGACGGUGGUAAGCCUGCUACCUCGGCGGGAAGACCGUCCGGCCCUAGGCGCAAUGAACAGAAAAAGGGACCUCGCUUCCAGCAGUACACUCCCCUGAACACCCCCAGGGAGAAGAUCUUGAGGGAGGCGCUUAGCGCGGACCUGAUCCGGGAGCCGGAAAGGUGUCCAACUCCGAAGGGAGCAGACGGAAGCAAGCACUGCGCUUAUCACAAGAAUAUGGGUCACACCACUGAGGAAUGCGCGGCCCUUAAGGAUAAAAUAGAGGAGCUCAUCCGGGCGGGAAAGCUGAAAAGGUACAUCCGCGAUGAGCGCCCUCCACUACCGGCCGACCGACCUGCCCAACGAUCGGCUUACCGUUCGGACAGGCCGAGGAAUUCAAGGGCUGAGCGACCUCGCUCAGAGCGGCGGCCCAGCCGCAGCCGCAGCCGAAGUCGAGAACGCCCCCUGCGGGGACACAUCAACACAAUUUCUGGAGGGUUCGCGGGGGGAGGAUCUUCCUCUUCGGCUCGUAAGCGCCGUAUACGAGCCCUCCAAUCGGUACAUUUGGUAGACCAGCCACGCCGCACCAUGCCGCCUAUCACUUUCUCGGACGAAGAUUUCCACGCACCUGAUCCCGAUCAGGACGAUCCGAUGGUCAUAACCGCCGAGAUAGCGCGGUACGGAAUCAGCAAAGUCCUGGUCGACCAGGGAAGUUCGGUCAACCUCCUUUACUAG